AUGGCUCGUUCUCAGAAGAAGACGCGUCGUACUACUCGCAAAGAUACUGCCACUCGGGAAUACACGAUUAAUUUGCACCGUCGCAUUCAUGGCAUUGGCUUUAAACGACGAGCCCCGCGGGCCAUUAAUGAGGUGAGGAAAUUCGCUAGAAAAAUGAUGGGCACCGAGGACGUCAGGAUUGGUGUUCGACUGAAUGAGUAAUUGUCUUGACUUAUAUCUACUGUUUCAUUAAGAUUCCUCUGGUCUAAGGGCGUUCGCAAUGUCCCUUACCGUGUCCGUGUGAAGUUGUCCCGAAAGCGUAACGAGGAUGAAGAUAGCCCCCACAAGUUCUACACGCUUGUUUCAUAUGUUCCUUGCGCCGAUUUUAAGGGCAAGCAGAACAUUAAUGUCGAACCUGAGAAGUGA